UUGGCCAAACACGUGUUUCAUUGGGACAAUAUUGAAUGGUGCACACUUGCUUCGCCAAGCCACAUAACGAAACGUGACAUUUAAGAGUUGCUGGUGUAACAAUUGGAAGAACGUAUUUGACAUAUCUCUUGUACAUGCGGCUAAUGAGACGUCUGUGAAGAACAUCUUCACCCUGAGCAAAGGAAGUGGAGCAUCGGGAUGGUAAUGGAGGAGCCACAGCCCUUCCACAUUAAGAAGGAAGAGGAAUACCCACUGAUCACACAUUUUGCAAAGGAAGAGGAGGACCCACUGCCCCAUCACAUUAAAGAGGAGGAGGACCAACUGACCUCUCACAUUAAAGAGGAAGAGGAGAAACACAGCAUCAGUCAGGAGGGAGAGCAUUUUGAAGGACUGCAGGAGGGUGAUGUCACCAAGAUGCCAUUGACUGGUGUGAUUGUGAAGAGUGAAGAUGAUGAGGUCAAAGGUGAAAGUGAGGAGAAGAGAGGGGCAGAGCCUCCAAGCAGCAGCUCAACUCAACACAUGACAACAGAAGCUGAUGGAGACCACUGUGGAGGAUCACCAGCAGACAAGAUCUUAGCUCCACUAUCAGAUAGUGACAACACAACGUCUCACUCUUCUGACACUGAUGAUGAAGACUGUGAAGAUGAUAAGACAUCUCACACUGACAACACACACUUGACGUGUUCUCACUGUGACAAAGCUUUCAAAUGGCGUAGUAAUCUCAAAGUACACAUGAGAAUACAUACUGGGGAAAAACCCUUUUCCUGCGCAGAAUGUGGUAAAUGUUUUGCACAAAAUAAUUGUCUGAAAAUACAUACAAGGACCCACACUGGAGAAAAACCCUAUUCCUGUUCAGUCUGUGGUAAAGGUUUUGCGCGAAGUGAUCAUCUGAGAAUGCACGUAAGUUUGCACACGGGAGAAAAAACUUUUUCCUGUUCAGUCUGCGGUAAAGAUUUUGCACGAAAUAGUUAUCUGAAAAUACACUUAAAAUUGCACACUGGAGAAAAAUCAUUUAUCUGUUCAGUCUGUGGUAAAGGUUUUGCACAACAAAGUAAUCUGAAAAGACACACAAGAAUGCACACUGGAGAAAAAAAUGUUUUCCUGUCCAGUCUGUAGUAAAGGUCUUAUACAAAGUAAGACUCUUAAAGUACACUGGAGACAUAACAUUCACCUAAAAGGCAUUAUUGAUGAUGCAGAGCAAAAAGCACACUUGUGAAAAUCCUUUUAUCAGCUUGGUCGGCUUUAAAGGUUUCAUAGACAGUCUAACUUUGAAAAGACUCAUAAAAAGACACACACUCAAAAGAAACCAUUUAGUUGCAGUGUGUGUGUGGUGAAAGAUUCCCUAAGUAGCAGUGUAAGAAACACAAGUGUGCGGGUGAGAAGAGCAGCAGCAAAUGAAGACACAGGAUUUUUUGUGAUUGUGUGUUACAAGCUUGACAAAUUGCUUCUAACUUUUUUGUUCCAACACAUUUACCCUUGAAUGCUAAGAACAUUUUUGAACUGUUAGCAAAAUAUAGCGUUCAUUUUUGUUUGGUAAAUGACAGACCAUGAGAGAUUAUCGUCUUACUUCAACAUCUAUAAACAUGUAAAUGCUGCCUCUUUCCUAGAUCAGCAUUGUAAAUGUAAAUAUGUUUUUAAAGGGGAACAUUAUCACAAUUUCAAAAGGGUUAAAAACAAUAAAAAUCAGUUCCCAGUGGCUUGUUUUAUUUUUCGAAGUUUUUUUCAAAAUGUUACACCUCCCGCAAUAUCCCUAAAAAAAGCUUUGAAGUGCUUGAUUUUCGCCAUUUGCGAUGUGACUGUCCAUUUCCCUGUGACGUCAUACAGUGCUGCCAAUACAAACAACAUGGCGGUUACCACAGGAAGAUAUAGCGACAUUAGCUCGGAUUCAGACUCGGAUUUCAGCGGCUUAAGUGAUUCAACAGAUUACGCAUGUAUUGAAACAGAUGGUCGGAGUAUGGAGGCAGAUAGCGUAAACUAAAUUGAAGAAGAAACUGAAGAUAUUGAGCGAAAAGCUAUUGACGCUAUUCGGCCAUAGCAUGGGUGUACCUAUUGAGGUGGCCCAUAGCACGGCUGCCUUAUUAGCAAUGCCGGUAAAAUGUGCGGACCAAACGAUCAGGACUUUCGCAUCUUGAGACACUGGAGCAACUUAAAUCCGUCGAUUGGUAAGUGUUUGUUUCGCAUUAAAUGUGGGUAUCUAGUUUCAAAUGUACAUACAGCUAGCGUAAAUAGCAUGUUAGCAUCGAUUAGCGCAGCAUGUUAGCAUCGAUUAGCUGGCAGUCAUGCUGCGACCAAAUAUGUCUGAUUAGCACAUAAGUCAACAACAUCAACAAAACUCACCUCUGUGAUUUUGUUGACUUUAUCGUUGCAAAUGCAUCUGCAGGUUAUCCAUACAUCUCUGUGCCAUGUCUGUCUUAGCAUCGCCGGUCAAAUGUGGAGACACUCUGGCACAUUCAAUUGGGUUUGGCGGCAGAUUUCUUGCCAGUGGUGCAAUUUGAAUCCCUCCCUGUUAGUGUUGUUACACCCUCAGACAACACACUGACGAGGCAUGAUGUCUCCAAGGUUCCAAAAAAUAGUCGAAAAUAACAGAGCUGAGACCCGGUGUUUGUAAUGUGAAAAUGAAAAUGGUGGGCGUAUUACCUCGGUGACGUCACGUUCUGACAUCAUCGCUACAAGACCGAUAAACAGUAGGUGUUCAAUUCGCCAAAAUUCACCCAUUUAGAGUUCGGAAAUCGGUUAAAAAAAUACAUGGUCUUUUUUCUGCAACAUCAAGGUAUAUAUUGACGCUUGCAUAGGUCUGGUGAUAAUGUUCCCCUUUAAUUGUUUCACCCUGGAUAACUAAAUGUUAAAUAGAUACAUGUAAACGGGGAAGUAAAUGUUUAUAUACUACAUUACCCGGACAGGUUAGUUCUGUAGACGGAAACAGGAAAUAGGUUUGAGUUAUUUUGGAGGACAAUAUUUGUGCCAUUUGAUCAAUAAAGAGUUGAUAUAUUGUUA